GUGGUACAAUACAGUGCUUCUGCUGUAUGUCUCAGUGAGAAGAAAAUGGAAGGGCAAGCAAUCAAGCAAGAAACGGAAGAAGCAAGCAGGCAAGCAAACGUCAUUCGCUAAGCAAUUGCAAGGUUCGCAGGAAGCUUUUUUUCUCUCCCCCUUCUCUUCGUCUUGUUUAUUUGGCAGGUGAACGAGCUUGACGCAUUGAUUUUUUUUUUCUUUUCUUUUCUCCCCCAUCCCAUCUGCUCGACACUGUACGCUGGUCUGGCCAAUGAUACGGAAGCCUAUCGCCGGUGCGCACAAGUCGAGUAGAAGUGAAGGCGAAAAAUGGGAAUGGGAAGAAAAAGAAAGGAAGGGAAGCGCGGAUAUGGGGCUUUGUUAUUGAACUACCGAGGGCGAAGAGCUGUGCUCGGGUUAGGAAUAGCAUAGAUGCGCCUAACGUGAAGUGUGCUAGCUCACCAGAGCUAGCUACUGUACGAUAUGCUAGAACUAGUAAUAGCAAGGCGAGAGAUUGGAUUGGAUCUGAAAUUUAGAUUUGAGUUCGGGCAACGUGGAGGAUUGGGUCCUCCUUGUGCCUACCUGCAUGGGUACUUCGACACUCGGAUUAUUAUACUUGCGGUUCCAUAUUGGUCCGCGCCGGGGAGAGGGCUUUGCCGUCCUUGCGCUGCGGGAAGUGGAUCGGGGAGCGGGCGAUGACAAUGGGUGGAGGGGUGGAUGGACCAUGCAGUGCACAUUAUUGCGAAUCAGACAGCGUAAAGAUUUUAGUGUGCGCUAUUCACACCACAUUGCACGUUGAGAGUUAAAGCCUGCUCGGAAGCUGUUGGGAAUGGAGAGGGCUUAUAUUGGCUUGAGCCUCCCACAUCUCUUCCAUUCGAACUCUAGACUUCUCAUGCUUCGAUAGCUUUGCCGAUUAAACAGGAUCAUUACUUUGACCCGCCCUACGAGACCUACACAUAAGAGUCCGGGACAGUCCAAUACGAGGUGAAUCAGGAAAACACUCCUGGCGUAUACCAAACAAGCAAAACGGAAUAUAAAAACAAAACUACAAUUAAAAAUUGGGGACUUUUGAGUGUUCUAUCUAUAUCAUUACUCUUACAAUUCAUCUCAACCACCAUCUACAUCCUCCUUACCAUCCAUACCGCACCCGUUCCCCGUACCAUAACACUCACCAGAAUCUAUCCGAGAUACACAAUAAUUCCUUCACAACACCGAUCUAUACAAUAGAAAACGGAUAAAAAGAAUCAGGUCGCACAUGGAACCCGAAAACCGAUCCUCAUCCGCAAUCAGCCCGCCACCAAGGUCAAGACCUCGCAGGUUCCUCUGCGAAUACGAGGGCUGUGGGAAGGCAUUUACUCGUUCCGAACACUUGCAGCGUCAUGACCUGAACCAUCGGCCCUCGCCGAACACCUGUGAUAGGUGCCGUGCGCACUUUGCUAGGCCGGAUUUAUUGGAUAGACAUAAGGAGCGACAUGCGCAAAAGGAUAGGGAAGCUGGCGGUGUGGGGUUGGGAGUCUUGGGCACCAGGAAGCGCUGCUGGAGAGACGACAACGGGAAUAUUACUACUAAGCGACCACCCGCUAGCCUUGCCUCGUUACCAAAGCCGCCUACUUCUCCGAAGAGCCAGAAAGGGAAGGGGCAAGAAGAGGGUGGCAGUGGUACCGAUGAAGCGGGGGAAAUGAGUGGUGAGGGUGCGUCCCCUCCUAUCACCUUAUCCACGUCUCUCCAAUCUUUCUCCAUCGCGUCCUCUGCCCGGCGGCAGCGCGAUGACAAGGGUCGUGCUCUUAAUAGAGCUCCUCCGGCCACAAUAAUAACCACAACAGAAGUGGGAUCUUUCGAUCAAUUCCAGAUUCAACAAUUGGAAUUGACUGAGUUGGACACGUUUGAUAAUGGGAACUUUCAACUACCUCCGCCGCCCCCUCCUCAAACAUAUCGGCUUGAUCCAUUGCUCUCGGGCGUUCCAUCUUCUUCAAUAGAGGCCUUGAUCGCGAAUGAUCAGGGGCUUGACGGAGCGUUUAGACUGGACUCGGAGUCUAGCUUUGCAAGGCCCUUCACCGAGCUAGGGGGUUACACUAGGCCGUUUGGCGGAUCAGAUAGUCCGCCUGACGUCGACGGACAGUCUACUACGAGGUUUGAUUUGAGCCAGGAACAGUGUGAGAUGGAGAUGAAUCUUGAGUCUUCAUUUGCUGCUGGCACUGAGGGUAGCCGCCAACUGGCGGCGGCCCCGAUGAGCGAUUCCACAUUCCUCCCGUUCGAUGUCAAGGCACCAACGAAUAGGUUAGGGACCAUGUCGCAGCAGUAUCACGAUUUCCCGGGCUUUGAGGGAUUGAACGAAACCUCCGCGGUGGAGGAUGAAUCUCUUUACUUUGUCUCCGACACACGGUCGAUGUCUCAUGGCACUCCAUCACGGGACCCGCAGGCCGCGGCGGCGACGGAUAUCACGCGACACUCACUUGGCUCCGACCCAACACAUACUUUUCCUGCUUCACAUACCCACCACUCAAUUCCUGUUGCUAGCUCCCCUAUAGCCAACCGCAAUCAUUUCCACGUGUGUACACCAACAUCAGAAUCACCAUCACCAACCUUAUCUACCCAACCGCUCCCGAAGAUCGACGAGGUGGCCCGUGCAAAAGUCCUUUCACUUAUAAUACAGGCCACCACCGAUGAAAAUGGGGAGCGCCAAUUUGGCCCGAACCACUCGCUCCUCUCGAUCUCCGCCCUACAAGACUACCUAGACCUCUUCUUCUCCCGUUUCAACCAUUCAUACCCACUCCUUCAUCGUCCAUCAUUCGACCCAAGCAAUGUAAACACGCUGCUUCUAGUAAGCGUGCUCAUGCUCGGUGCUACGUACGGUGGGAAGGACGCACACCAGAUGGCGGUGAGGGUCCAUGACUGGUUGAGAGGGUGCUUAGGUUUGGCUCCCGAGGUGUGGGGGAGGAAGUUAGGGACUAAUUUGUACGAAUCUGAGAGGGAGCGGAUAUGUAGACUGAUUGUCAUGCUAUCCCCGAACUAUGGGCUCUGCAAACGGUUUUGUUGAUGGGAGUGUUUGGGGGGUCGAGGGCGGGUAUGGGGUAGUAUGACAUGAUGCAUUUGUUCCAUGGGUUAUUGGUUGACCAAUUGUCAAACCAGCAUUCCAUUGCACAAUUCCCUCGAAAGCAAAGCCCCCGACAAAGAAUGGAGCGAAUGGAUCAUCGCAGAAGAGAAUAAGCGGUUAGCAGUGCUAGCGUUCCUAUCGUCCAGCACGCGGUGCCCUUCUUGCAAUCACUCUGCCGGUAGGGAUUCGCACUACGCCUGCCGCUGCCAUACGAUCCCCAACCUGGGAGCCAAUUUGGCAGAAGCUUGGCGCAAGGCAGAACGCUCGCAUCCGUCAUUUUUGAUGGUGGUAAAACUGUUCUUGAAUACUGGGGAAACGCCUUCGUUGAGCAGCCUUUCGAGGCUCUCGAUUUUGCACGGGCUGAUGAGCGUAAUGCGGGAUAUGAGGAGGAGGGACUAGAUGUUUCUGGGCUUGCAGCCACACCCGAUCAACCACAUCCUGGCAAUCCCGUACCGCAACCGCCUACGGCGCCUGGAAGCUCAACUUCAGCUCCCACCAAUGUCACUGACGUCUUCCUCGGGCUUCAUCAUGACCGAGACUGUGGGGUCAAUACUAGCCCUCACCACGCUCCCACACCUGAUCCUACACACGGACAUCCUUUUCCUGCAAUUCUGCGCCCACGGAAUCCGGGGCAAGCCGGCGCUACGGACGGACUAUGGUUCUUUGUGCGCUGCCCCCGCCGCCAAAGAAAAGCGCCUAUCGCGCCGCGGCAAUAACCUGCAACAAUUCGUAUACAUUCAGAGAGUGCAAACGAUUGAAGGCUUCAAUUCACCUGGUGCCUGUUACCUCGCCACGUUCGUCUACUAGACCAGGUGCGGCGGUGUCGGGGGGUGUUGUCCGGGAUGGAUCGGGCGAAAUGAGAGGCUUCGCUGGGGGUAUACUCAAACGAGCACGAGAUGGAAGCGAAGGCGGAGACGCGGGAGGUGAUAGCAAUAGCAGCGAUAACAACUGCGUAGUGGUGGCGAUGCUGAUGGCGAUAGCAAGAAGGGCGGGAAUCUUGUGGGCAUUGCACUGCACCUCGGUAGCAUUCACUGGGCUCUUGUGGGGGAGGGAAGUGAAGUACAUAGUGAUCGAUUGUGGGCAGGAUGUUGAAGUAGAAUGAGGAGGCGACGCGAUGAAAACAUGAGUCUGUAUUGUUUGGAAAUAUUGUGCAGGUGGCAAUGAUUGAGAUGGAGGUUUUACGUUUACGAGUGAGGUGGAUUGAAGAGAAGAGAUGAGUUGAGUAUAGGAAGGAUGAUCCAUAGAGUAUAAAGCCAAAGCAGGUGGGUUUGUAUAAAAAGGGAUAAAGAGUGAGGUGAGCAACAAGCUUGGGAGCGGGGGGGAGGAAGGGAAACAAAUGUAAAAGAGACGUUUUAACGCUAUAGAUUCCUCCAGUUUGAAGUAAUCCAUGUAUGUUUAGCAUUUAGCGCGCAAUUACCGAUGUAUGUUCAACAAUAUUUACAGUCGCAGAA